GCCACGCGGGCAGCACAAGUCAGUCAAGCCUGCGGUGCGUAGCGCAGAGCCGCCGCCUCCCCACCACCUCCUCCUCGGUCUCGUCGUCGCGCUCGUCCUCCCCCAGAUCGGAGGGGGAGCCGGCCAUGGCCAAGCCUAGGGGCCCCUCCGCCGCCGCCGCCGCCGCCGUGGGGAAGCCGCCCGCGCCGCCCAAGACGGUGCACUCGGCGCUGGUCACCUACGCCUCCAUGCUCUCCCUCCUCUCCCUCUGCCCGCCCUUCGUCAUCCUCCUGUGGUACACGAUGGUGCACGCGGACGGAUCCGUCGUGCGGACCUACGAGCACCUCCGCGAGCACGGCCUGGAGGGGCUCAAGGCCAUCUGGCCCAUGCCCACCAUGGUCGCAUGGAAGAUCAUCUUCGGCUUCGCCCUCUUCGAGGCCGUGCUGCAGCUCCUCCUCCCCGGGAAGCGCUUCGAGGGGCCCGUCUCCCCCGCCGGCAACGUGCCCGUCUACAAGGCAAAUGGCUUACAAGCAUAUGCAGUGACCUUGAUAACAUACCUGAGCCUUUGGUGGUUUGGAAUUUUUAACCCUGCAAUAGUAUACGAUCACUUGGGAGAAAUAUACUCUGCUCUUGUAUUUGGAAGCUUUGUGUUCUGUAUUUUUCUUUACAUAAAGGGUCAUGUUGCUCCAUCUUCAUCUGAUUCUGGAUCCUCAGGGAAUGCGAUAAUUGAUUUCUACUGGGGAAUGGAAUUAUAUCCUCGGAUUGGUAAGCACUUCGAUAUCAAAGUGUUCACAAAUUGCCGUUUUGGGAUGAUGUCCUGGGCUGUUCUUGCUGUAACCUACUGCAUAAAGCAGUAUGAAAUGAAUGGCCGAGUUGCAGAUUCUAUGCUUGUGAAUACUGCAUUGAUGUUGAUCUAUGUCACUAAGUUCUUCUGGUGGGAAUCUGGAUAUUGGUGCACUAUGGACAUUGCUCAUGAUAGAGCUGGCUUCUACAUUUGUUGGGGAUGCUUGGUAUGGGUUCCAUCGAUAUACACCUCUCCUGGAAUGUACCUCGUCAACCACCCUGUGAAUUUGGGUCCCCAGCUAGCACUCUCAAUUCUCCUUGCUGGAAUAUUGUGCAUAUAUGUAAACUAUGACUGUGAUCGCCAACGCCAAGAAUUUCGUCGAACAAAUGGGAAAUGCACAAUAUGGGGCAAAGCUCCAUCUAAGAUUAUUGCUUCCUAUCAGACUACAAAUGGAGAGACAAAAACCAGUCUUCUCUUGACCUCUGGAUGGUGGGGCUUGUCUCGUCAUUUUCACUAUGUUCCAGAGAUUAUGUCUGCAUUUUUCUGGACUGUCCCAGCUCUUUUCGACCACUUCCUGCCGUACUUCUAUGUGAUCUUUCUGACCAUAUUGCUGUUGGACCGAGCUAAAAGGGAUGAUGACCGGUGCUCAUCAAAGUACGGCAAGUACUGGAAGAUGUACUGUAACAAAGUACCGUACAGGGUCGUUCCUGGCAUUUACUGAGGUUGUUGACCAUCUUCAACUAAAGCCUAUUUUGCUGUGACUUCCUGGGCCGGUCUGCCGCUGUUUGUGUAAUAUCUUUGUCAUUAGCUUGAUGUAUGCAGUAUUAGGUUGGGACUUCUUGUGUCACCUUGAGGUUUCGAACGAGUCAUCGUUGCAGUCAUUUUGUAGUUUUUCUUGUUAGCUUGCUGGUAGUAGAGAUGACUGCAGGACAGCACGAGCGUAGUUUGUACCUUAUUAUGGGUUUUUGGGCUUCAUAUUUCUGCUAGACGAGACUAGGCAGCGCGAAAAUGAAAUUGUGGAGGUUCUGUACUGCUUGAAUAAUAUGACUACCACUGUAUUGUUCCAUGAACUGUCAUAAUUCAAAGUUAGAUAACUUGCGUAGUGAUUGGUCCUGCACA